AUGAGUACCUCUAAGAAGGGCAGCGGCCUGGAGAAUUCUCUACAGCCUGUUAUCAUCAGCAAUGACACUCUCAAUGUUAAUGAUCAGAGCGGAUGGAUUGAAGAGACUUUUAAGAAGAGGGAGUGUGUGAAAUUUAUACAGGAUGACAAAAACACCUCAAAAUGCAUGUGUGGUCGACUACGAUCUUCGCAUCCCAACACAAACGAAGGAAUCCUGCGAACGACGUACCCCGUUUCCGAAAAGUGGAACUUCUCCACCCACACCGAACUCUCCGCCACUGACGCCUACGGAACCAUCGAGUUUCAGGGUGGUCCGCACCCUACUAAAGCCCAGUACGUUCGCCUAUCCUUUGACACAAAGCCGGAGAAAAUCGUCCAGCUGUUACAUCACCACUGGGGACUGGACAUCCCUAAAUUGCUAAUUUCAGUGCACGGAGGCAUCGCGAACUUUGACCUUCAACCUAAAUUGCGUAGAGUUUGCAAGCAGGGAUUGUUCAGUGCCGCCAAAACGACAGGUGCCUGGGUGACUACUGGUGGUACUAAUACAGGUGUCAUGAAACACGUCGGGGAGGCCCUGGGGGAUACGCUGGUGCAGUCUCGCAACAACAUCAUUACCAUUGGCAUUGCACCGUGGGGCGUCGUACACAAAAGGGAGGAUCUCAUCGGGAAAGAUAUUACAGUACCUUACCUGGCGAUUUCACUUCCGGGCAGCGACAACAUCGUCCUGAAUAGCAGCCACUCCUACUUCCUACUCGUCGACGAUGGCUCGGUAGGCAGGUUUGGUUGCGAGACCGCUCUUAGGAAGAACCUCGAGAAGUAUAUUUCGCAGCAAAGGGUUGCUAAUAACAGAGGGUACAAAGAUUAUGGUACGCCAGUGGUUUGCUUGCUGAUGGAAGGCGGAAGUAACUGUAUCCGCACCGUGCUCGAGUGCGUUACGGAUCAUCCGCCCAUCCCUGUUGUCGUCAUUGACGGAAGUGGCCGAGCCUCUGAUUUACUUACAAUGCCGGAAGUAUUGAAGGAGCAACUACUGGCCACAAUAUCUCGAACGUUCAUGUACGGACCGGUGGCAUGCGAGAGAGUCUUCACUGAGUUGAUGCUCUGCACUAAACAGAAAAGUCUAAUAACGAUAUUUAGAAUAGGAGAGGAGGCCCAAGACAUUGAUCAGGCCAUAUUGACCGCUCUGCUGAAAAGUCAAAACGCCAGUUCAUUAUACCAGCUGAACUUAACAAUGGCAUGGAACAGGGAAGGGGCCCUGGACAACGCGAUGAUGGAGGCCCUUGUGGCUGACAGAGUUGACUUUGUGAGACUUCUCAUAGAGAAUGGCGUUAACAUGACCAGAUGGCUGACCAUCAAGAGAUUAGAAGAUCUAUAUAACCAAGUCUUAUACGCCCCGAGACCAACGCAAGUCAAGCAUACGAAAAAGUCCAGUUUCAAUGCUAGAGCUAAACUGGAUUCAACCAGCACGCUUCGGUUCCUACUCACAGAGCACAAAAGGUCGAUGCCAGCCAAUUACAGAUUCACGUUGUACGACAUAGGGCAGGUUAUAAAUAAACUGAUGGGCGGUGGCUUCCAGGCUAUUUAUGGCAGGCGGAAAUACCGCCUCUUGCAUAAUGCGGCUAAAAAUAAGCAAAGCUUCAGGUCCUCAGUAGCUUCCGGCACAACAGCAGCAGCUGGUGCAGCAACGACAGCUACUCUGCCAGCUACUUCCGAUGAGUAUGAGUUGUUGUUGUCGUCCGGAUUCAAAUAUCCAUACAGCGAGCUCAUGAUUUGGGCUGUCUUGUUACGCAGGCAAAAGAUGGCGAUGUUCAUGUGGGAGAGAGGGGAGGAGUCACUUGCCAAGUGCCUGGUUGCCGCCAAGUUGUACAAAGGAAUGAUAAAGGAAUCGGAAGAAGAUGAGUACGAGAUUGAUGUGGCUAAUGAGAUAAGACGAUACCACUCACAAUUCUUCGACAUGGCGACCGAGCUAUUAGACCAUUGCUACAAGACGAAUGAGGAACUAUCGCAACUCCUACUGACGUACGAACUCAGCAACUGGAGUAAUGAGACGUGUCUAAGUCUAGCCGUUGCUGGGUCGAACAAGUCGUUCAUAGCCCACACGUGCUGUCAACUGCUGCUAACUCAGAUGUGGAUGGGUGGACUGAGAACUAGGAAAUACCCCAGCCUUAAGGUGAUUUUCGGCAUCCUCUGCUUUCCAUCCAUCCUGUUCUUCAGUUACAGAAGUAGGGAGGAGCUGGAGAUGAUGCCUCAAACGCAAGAUGUUCACGAGCACUACAGCGAUGUCGAUUCCACCGAUUCCGAUUCGGAUCUGACCGACACUGAAAAUGCAGCCAUUCUACAGACGCUGCAGCAGCAGCAGCAGCAGCUUCAGCACUUGCAGAUACCCAACGUCAUAGUAGACGUACCAGACACUCCGGUAAAGAUAGCGCCAUCGUCGGCUGUGGCAGUGACCACAGCAGCCGCUGGUGGCCAAGCAACGUCAGCUGUCAAUUCAGUCGCCGUCUCUACGACUGCUUCCGUCAAUUCUACUGAUGCCGCUAUAGGGAAGAACGCCUCGCCUUCUGUCUCCGUGCUACAGCAUCAGAGGUCACAGCGGACUAGGUUCGGCCAGUUAUCCAGGUCAAGAUCCAAAAGACAUCAUAGGUCAAGGUCGAACCUGAACGACAUGCCCUUCCAGAAAGAGGUCAUUGCCCCAAUUAUUGACUCCGGAAAGCGCAGCCAACUUCACAUAACGAGCAAGAUCGUUGAAUUUUACACGGCACCUAUCACUAAGUUUUGGCUUCACGCCAUCGGUUAUUGCAUAUUUCUACUCAUCUUCAUCUACAUGGUCCUCCAAUCAACGCCAGUCUUCUUUCCGAGCUAUAUUGAAUGGUACAUAUUUGCCUACAUGUGUGGUCUGACAUUGGAGAAAAUAAGAGAGUUCAUAACAAGCGAAGCAACGAAAAUCAAACAAAAAAUCCACAUCUUCUUCUACGACCUAUGGAACUUACUGGACAUGAUGUCCAUCUGCCUCUUUUUUACUGGCUUCGUCAUAAGGUUCUCACCAAGUUUAAUUAGCAGCGCCAGGGCUUUUUUUUGCCUGACCGUCAGCGUCUGCAUCAUCAGGGUGGUCGACUUUUUCGUCAUCAGUCCAAGGCUGGGUCCUGUGGUUCAUACCACUGGCAAGAUGUUGAAGGAGUUCCUGAGCCUGCUCUCGCUGAUCCUUGUCUCAAUGGUGGCAUUUGGAACCUUCCGACAGAGCCUCUGGUUCCCUGACAACGAUUUUGAGUGGGAGUCUGUACGUGAGAUAUUCCUGAAGCCGUACUUCAUGCUAUACGGAGAAGUCUACCACGAAAUCGUCUGGCCGGAUUGUGUCGACAACGUGACGUCACCAGAUGAUUUUAAAUGCGUGUCCGGGCGAUGGUUGGUGCCAGUUGCACUGUCCAUCUAUCUGGCCGUUGGCAUUAUCGUCCUACUGAGUCUCGUUAUUGCCGUUUUCAAUGGCAUAUUCAUGAAAGCCUACCUACAAUCAAACAUUGUGUGGAAGUUUCAAAGAUACGUAUUGGUUAUAGAAUACGAAGCCAGACCCAUACUACCAUCUCCGUUCAUCAUCAUCAGUCAUAUCAUCAUGGCCAUUCGCUUUGUCGUCCAGAGGUGCAUUAAUAAGAGGAAGAGAUUUGAUCAAGGCUUGAAGGUUUUCCUGCACGAGGAAGACUUGGAAAAGUUGCAUGACUUUGAGGAGGAGUGCAUGGAGUUGUAUCACAGGGAGAAGUCGCAACUGGCCUCUAAUACUAAUGACUACUUCAUCAAACAGACUGUCGACAAGCUAGAGAAAGCAUCGAAUCGUUUGGACGACAUUCAGCAGAAGGAAAACUCAAUCAGUCAGUGUCUUCUCAUGAUGGAGCUGCAUCUCAGCCGCAUAGAAGAAGUUGCCCUCGCCACCUCAACGUCUCUUUGGUCGCUUCAGCAGCAGUUUUUAAUGGUGCAGCAGCAGCAACAACAGCCUGCUGAUUUGAAGCAAGAAGUACAACACGAACCACAACAACGCGAUAGCAUCAUUUCAACUCGAAUGUCGACUCCCAUUUCACCGUUCGAUCUUCAGAAUUUAACCGGACCAAAACAAAUUCAAACUACAAUACCACAAAUUAAAAUAUCGACCGCCAACGAAACCAACGAUCCUAAAUUAACUCGAACCAUUUCCGCCUCGCAAACGUCCCCAAGUAAGGCAGCGACCGACCAGCCACAGACCGCCACACCGACCAGCAGCAGUUCAUCAAAUUUCAGACUAAGAAGAAGCACUAAGGGCGGUACUACUACUGCUUCCAGUGUCGGUAAAAAUGUCGGUAACCGGUCCAGCACUGCCAGUGCAGGCGGUCGAGUCGAUGCCACUGGUAACAACAACAACAAUUAUAAUAAUAACAUUGUCAUGCCAACCAGCAGUCGAAGGAACCGGUCCUACAGUGACUACGUUGAAUCGUUGAGUGACGACAGACUGGAAUCACUAUCGAGGAUUCCUACGUUAUAUAGGAAUGCCGAACAGAAAUAUUCUUCGUUCUAUCCGGUCAAUCGAUUCGUGGAGCUGCACCCAUCCGAUCGACCCCCGCAAAGCCAGCAGCCAUCAUCGUCCAGUAAGCUUGAUGCCAAGUUACGAUUUCUACAGCAGCAACAACAGCAGCCACUGAGUCCACAACUCGUUCAUUUAUUGCCGUAUGCGCAGCAGCAGCAGCAGCAUCCACUGCAGCAGCUGCAAGAAGAACCUCAUCCUACCUAUCCAGUGGCUUCUAGUUCAUUCCAUCAAGCGCUUCCAUCCUACUCGUUCAUGAAACCGCCCUUCAGUCACUACCCGACCGAUUGCGCCAGCUGGAAGAAGUACGCACACUUCCCUCUCACCCCGAUAGUCACACCGAUGCGAGUCGAGUACACGAGCAUCACCGACGACAUCGACACAUCGUCCUUCCUCUUGAACGAUUCCAGCCAGAGUCCUCCAGACACACCGCCCCCCUACUCCAUCCCGCAAACCAAAUUGUCUUCCACGUCCACCGGGCCAUCUGCAGCCACCCCUUCGUUCAUCUGGCCGGGUGGUCGCAUCAAGUCCGGCAAUGUUGUUGGCGCCAGCAAGCGAGGCAAGAAGAAGAAGAUCCGUUCGACACCUCCCGGCAGAAGGUUCAGCUCAGGAUCGACCGUUAAGAGCGGCCGGGAAACUGACAGAUUGAAGGAGGCCGAAGAAAAUGUGAACGAGCAGUUGAAGACGGUCGUGAAACGUCGAAUGAGGCAGAUGUCGCUAACCGAACCAGACAACGAGUAUGCUAAUUUGGCCAAGUACGCUCUGGAGACAAUCGAAUUUCCUGAAGAGGAGGAGGAGAUUGAUUUCGAUGACGAGGACGAGUGUGAGGAUGAGUUCGAUCCGGAUUGUGAUGCAUGCAGGUUGAGGUGGAAAGCUCGAGGAAGAGACACUGAGGACAACAAGUCAGUCGAAAAUUCUCUCCUCAAGACCAGCAAAAUUCCCCUCUGCAAGUCCAAUGAUGACAUAAGAAACACAACCGAGUCACGUGCAGGGCCAACUGUUUCUGCUGUGAAAUUGCGUCAUAAUCAUCACCACCAUCACGAUCCUCAUCACCAUCUUCGUCGUCGCCAUCAGAAGUACAACGAAGAUGGAAGCACGGUUGAAGUGAUCGCUGGGGGCCACCGAAGCAGCGGUCGGGGCGGCAAACUGAAAAGUGUAAGAUCUGAACCAUCCAUGGCUCUGCCCGAUCUGGGGUCUGCAAUCCGCGGUGUAUCUAAUAACCUCAUCACGUUGAAGGAAGGAACGAAGGAGGAGGAGGAAGAAGAAGAAAAGUUGAUGCUGAAGUUGAAGAAGAAAUCGUGUGCGGAUAGCACGGCGACCACUGUUGUUGUUGAGUCCGCUGAUGAAGAUGAGGAUCGUGGUGAGAAAGUUAACGAUGUCUGCGAUCACUCACUUACUAACACUCGAUUCAUUAUCGGUGGUGGCUGUAGCGGCGACACCGCCUACAAAGAUUCGAUAUCGAGUAAUCCUACCGAGUUUAUCGACUCAUCUCCAUCGAGGUUGUUGAUUGAAGAUGAGUUUAAUGGCAUUGAGAUGGUGAUGCUCUCUCACUGCUCGAGCGAUCAACAACCGCAGCAACAUCAAUCCUCGCCUAAGGAACAAUCUCAACAACAACAACAACAACAACAUCGUCGUCGGUUAUCAUUUGGCCCAGCACAGCAACAACAAACACAACAACCGCAAAACAGACUUUCGUUUAGUUUUGUGCAACAACAUCAGCAGCAGCAGCAGCAACUUCAACAGCAACAUCAAGAGGAAGAAAUGAGGUUGCUAGCCAACGCAAAUUCUCCUAUAAUCACCGAUACUAUUAUAUUUGACCCUAUCGUUGACGAUCAUUCUACAGCUUAA